AAGACCAGGCCAAGUGCUUCAGGCUACAAACCUGCUCAACACAGCAGGGCCCAGGUUUAUCACUGUCCAGAGCAGGACCAUCUGCUCAGACCCCAAGGAUGAGAGGGUGAAGAAGGCAAUAGCCUGCAAAGCCUCACAAAGUCACAGGAGAAUUCCUGGGGCCUCCGCUUGCUCGGCAGCCUCUGGCCCGAACCUCCCGCCUGCAAGUGGCUGCCAUCUUCCGGAAGUGUGGCUCCCACCCCCUGUGAGCCACCGAAAUCCCACCCUCCUCGCGCGGGCCCUUCCUCCUGGAAGCCUUCCCGGACUGCGCAGCAGGCAGCGAGCCUCUCUGCUCUCCUGCCUCCAGCCCACGAGCUGCCCACGGAGAUCGGGACAAACUGGGAACCUAGAGUCUAUUUGGCCUGUCUCUUUCUCAAGCCCUCGAAGCAGCGGGCUCCGCACUUCACUGGCCAAGGACAUGAGCAGAAGGAAGGAGGAGGACUCUUUCAGGAUCCUCAGGAUUUACGAUGAACCAGAAGAGAGAAGGGCUAUGCCAGUGAGCUCUGAUACUUCUUCUCAGCAUGAACAACUGAUGCAGUACCAGCUGGGCCGUGGUCAUGGGCCGUUCCAGGUGCUGCCACGCCGCCCAGUAUUUCAGCUGGACCCUGUUUAUCAAGAGUUGAGGACUAUGACCCAGCAGCAGUGGGACUUCUGGACCCUAGAUACCUCUGAGCUCCAGGCCACGUGGUUCUUAGAGGGUGAGCUAGGUCAAGGGGCCCAGGAUGACUCCAGACUCCUACCAGGACCUGUGCUUGACCAGCACUCUUCUUCGUCCUCGCCCAGCAGGGAAGCUUUGUCACUCCUCGAAGCAGUUCCGCGCAUUCCAGAUGAAGCAGUAGUCAGCCAGAAGACCCCACAGGCUGCCUGGAAAGUUGGCACACUCCAACAUGGAAAGAAAGUCUCUGCCAUUGCCAUUGGCGGCUCAACCCACCAUGUGUACACAUGUGGCCCUGGUUACAUCAGGGUGUGGGAUGAGAGUGCUCUGCAUGCCUGGGACAAGGCCCCCCAGGCCCAUCUGGACUUACAGAGCCCUCACAACUGUGUCUUCACCUGCAAGCUGUUCCCAGAUGAGCAGAGCCUGAUAACAGGGGGCAAGGCCCGCACCCUGACUCUCUGGGACCUGGCGUCCAUGCCCCGGGUCCGCACACAGCUGGCUUCGACAGGCAGCAUAUGCUAUUCCCUGGCCCUCUCCUCUGACGCCCGUGUCUGCUUGGCUUGCUUCAGGGGAUUUGUGGAGAUCUGGGAUCUGCAGAACCACAUCUUGAUCAGGAAACAUAAAGUCCCCACCUAUGGGGCUCGCUGUGGAGAUAUCACAGGCAAUAAGUUCUGGACAGGAGGCGAAGACACCGUCCUGUACUCCUGGGACCUCAGGAGCUACCAGAGGCUGCACCAGUACCGCUUGCAGAGUGAGAUCCUCAGCAUCACCCAUGACCCCACUGAGGAAUGGCUGUUGGUGGGCCUGAGGAACAGCAAUAUCAUAACCCUGCAUACUCAUCGGAUGGAGAAGUUCAAGGUCCCUGUCCAAAAAUUUAACGACUUCUACAACCUCAAGUUUGCUUCCUGUGGGAGCUACUUUGUGACCACGCUGAAUAAGUCGAUCCGAUGCUUAGCAGCCCCUUCUCUGCAAAGUCUGUUCCAGGUAGAGGAGUCUGCAGAGAUCUUCUGCUGUGAUGUAUCCGUUGAUAACAAAUACCUGGUCACAGGCUCCAGGAACAGUGCCACAGUGUACCAGCUGUUAUACUGACAGUCACCUGCCGUGGCCCUGCUGGUGAAGACCCAGAGAAGACCACUGUGAC